UUUUCUAUUUACGAAAAAAUGUCAGAAGAAUAUACGGAACCAAUAUUUAGUAUGAUUAUAUAUUGUGCUUCAGUAAAUAUAUCAAGAGAAGAUGGAUUGCCUGAUGUUGUAUGCGAAUCUUGUAAAACACGUUUGGAAACAUCGUACCUAUUUAAGCGAGACUGUGAACAAUCGGAUGCCAAAUUACGUAUGAAAAUAGAAAUUGACUAUAACUUUAAACAAGAAAAUAACAACGAUUCAGAAAAUUGUAUUGAAACAAUUAAUACGGAAAAUAUAAAACUAGAAAAUGAUACUAACUUACAUAAUUAUGAAAAUAAUGAAGAGUCUUUGGACACUGUGUAUCCAAAUAUGUUUGCGACGGCAGAAAUUCAUGAUUCUAAGACUCCAAUAGAAGCUUCAACAAUUGCAUCAGAAAAUGUAUUCGUUGGAAAUUCAGAUAAUCAUGUUACUGAUAAAGAAGACAACGAAACCGAUACAGAAUAUCGACCAAAAAAAUUAAAUCGUAAACGUAAAAAAAAAGCUAUAAAUCUUGCGAGAUUACGUAAAUUAAUUUGUUAUGUGUGUAUUAAAACUUUUCCAACUCAAAAUGAUUAUAAUGCACACAUUGCACAGCAUCCAAAUCAAAAAUAUUCAUGUGAUCAAGAAAAUUGUAAUAUGGAAUUCUCAAAUUAUAUAAAAUAUGCAAUACAUAGAAAAAAUAUUCAUUUAAUUGAACAUUAUUUAACGUGUAAAGAUUGCCAGAAAAGUUUUAAUAAUAAAAAAAGUUUUGAUAGGCAUGUACUUAAUCUACAUGGAGAUCGUCCUUAUGGGUGUUUAAAAUGUUCAAAAACGUUUCGUGAAGAGAGUGCCUUAACAAAUCAUGUAGAAAAAACACACUCUAAGGAAUAUAAAUGUGAAUUUUGUGAAAAGGUUUUUUCAACUUCAUUUCGCCUGUCAACUCAUAGACGCUUACAUACUCAAGAAAAACCUUAUAUUUGUCAAGAUUGUGGUAAAAGUUGGAUUGAUAAAUCUAGUUUAACAAAGCAUAUUGAUGCUCAUCAUAGUGAUAAACCGAAGAAAAAACGUGAAAAAAAUCAUUUAUGUUCAUAUUGUGGGCAAGCAUACAAUAGACUUGAUUUAUUAACAAAACAUAUUCGAAGGCAUACAGGAUCAAAACCAUUUAGUUGUGACCAUUGUGACUACCGAAGUCGUGAUCAACAAUCGUUACGUUCACAUAUUCGUACACAUACCGGUGAUCGACCAUACAAAUGUAGUUAUUGUGAAAAAUCAUUUAGUACACGAGGUUAUUUAACUAUACAUGAACGAUUUCAUUCUGGGCACAGGCCUUAUAUAUGUAGUUCUUGUAAAAAAGGAUUUACAAAUAGUAAAGAUUUAAAAGUUCAUGAGAGAACUCAUACAGGAAUCAAAUUAUUUACAUGUGAUAUUUGUAAUAAUAGUUUUACAACACUACACUAUCUUCGUGUACAUACAAAAAAACACGACACAUAAAACCGUUAGAUAGUGCAGCGAUCCAUUUAUGUUUUUACACGGUAUACAUAGCGUAAUGGGUUUAAUUCCCGCAGCUACAACAAAAAUUAAUUUGAAUAGUUACGAUGGAUUGGUAUAGUGCAUGGUAAAUGCAUCAAGGACGUUUAUGCAUAAUCGUCGAAAAUUCGGUAUCACAAAAGCCUUAUGGUCUAAGUGUAUUCUUCGUAGAUUGCCAAUAUUAUCAAAACAACUCCUAAAUUGUGGCUUAAUUAUCAAAAAUGCAUCUAAAUCAAAAGUUGCUCACAGAUGUUUAUAUUUUCUGAUAUUUUAGUUUUUUUCAUCAAAGUUCAAAGUUCUUUUCUUCGUCGCUUGUGUGCGACGACUAACACUGUGUCGCUAAAAUUUGGAUCAUUGUUCUCGAUUUACUUGUAAUUUAAUGGCUGUGUUGUUCAUAACUUUCUUUCAUUUUCUAUUAUAAUAUUAGUCUCUAAAUUUAUAACGUGCAAUAAAUAUUUAAGUUUUAACAUUUAUAAAUAAUAAAUUCAACGACAAUUAAGAUUUAUAUUUAGAGUGUUGGAUUAACGCUUUAUUGAUAUGUAUAAAAUUUAAUGUAUUUAUUUUAAUUUUUUCCUGGAAAAUGAUAAAUGCAUAUACUCCAUAAAACAGAAUAUUUUUUAAUAAAUCUCGCUUUAGACGUAAAACUAACAAGUCCAAAUCUACGCUUAUUUAUACAAUAAUACAAACUAUGGAUUAGUUUGCAGACUAGGAUUCUAAAUCAACGCUACUAAUAACUAGAGAUAACACCAUCUCAUCAGCGCUACAUUAUGUGCAGGAUGUUUCCUAAAUAAAAGCAAAAAAAAAGUUUUAAGCAUAUUUUUAGUCAAUUUUAUGUAUUUUUCUUUAUAUUAUCUGUGACCACUCUAUAUAUUUUUGUGAAAUUGGGUAUAUAUGUUGCGACCAACUAUCUUAAUUAGUACACGGCGUUAACAACAAGCCUGAAUGAUAUUCAGUCGCUAGUUGAAUGGCGCCGUUGAAUAAAGAUUUUAGGCUCUUAAUUAAACGAUUAAUUAAGAUAGUUGGUAGCGACAUAUAUACAUUUUACAUCUGAAGAUACUUUUCGAAACCCCUUUUUUUAUUUUUACCGUGAAGUUAGCGGAAAUAUGUCCAAACUGUAUCAUGGAAACGAUGUGUUUACGGAUAUUGAUAUAAUUGUUUUUUCAUAUA